UGAGAUGACUCAAACUGACUUAUUUUAAGGUCUGCUGAGUUAUCUAUUGAUUUGCUUUACAGACUUGAGACCAACAUGGCUUUAAACCACACUGCCCUGCCCCAGGAUGAGCGCCUGCCACACUACCUUGGAGAUGAGGACCCUUUUGCUUCCAAACUUUCCUGGGAAGCGGAUUUAGUGGCUGGCUUUUACCUAACAAUAAUUGGGAUUCUGUCCACAUUUGGAAAUGGGUAUGUCCUUUAUAUGUCUUCUAGACGCAAGAAGAAGUUGAGACCUGCUGAAAUAAUGACUAUCAAUUUAGCAGUCUGUGAUCUGGGGAUAUCAGUUGUAGGCAAACCAUUUACCAUCAUCUCCUGCUUCUGCCACCGCUGGGUGUUUGGCUGGUUUGGUUGCCGCUGGUAUGGAUGGGCUGGAUUUUUCUUCGGCUGUGGAAGCCUUAUUACCAUGACUGCUGUUAGCCUGGAUCGAUACCUGAAAAUCUGCUAUUUAUCUUAUGGGGUCUGGCUGAAGAGAAAGCACGCCUACAUCUGCCUGGCUGCCAUCUGGGCCUAUGCUUGCUUCUGGACCACCAUGCCCUUAGUGGGCCUGGGGGACUACGCACCUGAGCCCUUCGGAACCUCGUGCACUCUGGACUGGUGGUUGGCUCAGGCCUCAGGUGGGGGCCAGGUUUUCAUCCUGAACAUCCUCUUCUUCUGCCUGUUGCUCCCAACGGCUGUGAUUGUGUUCUCCUAUGUGAAGAUCAUCGCCAAGGUUAAGUCAUCUUCCAAAGAAGUAGCUCACUUCGACAGUCGGAUCCAUAGCAGCCAUGUGCUUGAAAUGAAAUUGACCAAGGUGGCGAUGCUGAUUUGUGCUGGCUUCCUGAUUGCCUGGAUUCCUUAUGCAGUGGUCUCAGUGUGGUCAGCUUUUGGAAGGCCAGAAUCCAUCCCCAUACAACUCUCCGUGGUGCCCACCCUCCUUGCAAAAUCAGCAGCGAUGUACAAUCCAAUCAUCUACCAGGUCAUUGAUUAUAAAUUCACCUGUUGCCAGGCUGGUGGUUUGAGGUCAACAAAGAAGAAGUCUUUGGAAGACUUUAGGCUGCACACUGUAACCGCAGUCAGGAAGUCUUCUGCUGUGCUGGAAAUCCAUCAAGAGAGCAGUUCCAGAUUUACUAGUGCCCAUGUUAUGGAUGGAGAGAGUCACAGUAAUGAUGGUGGCAAGAGACCUGUAUUCUGAGGCCGAGAAGCCCCACGCCUGGCCAUCAGGGCAUCAGAUUUAAGUGACCAGCUCCAAUAUUCUUUUUGAAAUGCGGAAAAAAAAAUCCUGUAGUGUAUUCUUUGCAUUUAUGUUUAAGUUUGAGAAAAUACACGGUCAGUGCUGACUGAAGUGUUGAUAUUGAAGUUUAAUAAUAAGUAUACAGCGUAUGUGAAGUGCUCACUCCUUAGUCUUUCUAGAUGAUUAAAGUGAUACAAAUUGAAAAGCGCAUCCUAAGCUGUCGGAAGCUACAGAGUACCUUAAGGUUCUCAUUCAUUGUGAUAGUAAUAGAGCUUAUUGAUGCAUUUAUUAUUGUAAACACGUCCUUGAAACCAAUUAUUUCUUCCUGUAGAUGGUUAGAAUUUUGAAUAUUAUCUGGGAAACCUCUAAAAGCAUACUCUGUCAACUUGUACACAGCACUUGUAAGUACUCUCUAUGAGAACAUUCAGAAGAUGUUUUAGCAUUUGACUCAUUAGUUUAAUUCCAUUGCCUAUCGAACUGAAGGACAUGUUUGUCGACUGUACUGGGAAGAAUCGAUUAGUACUUUUCACCUCUGUCCAAUUUCUCUUUAUUCGCAUACUUAAAACAAUUCUUUCUCUCUCUCUCUUUUGAAGCCACAGCUGUGUUGUUCAUUACUUUUUUUAAAUAAAGAAAAUAUAUUGCAC